UCACACAUAAGAAGAAAAUCUGAGAAUUUUGACUUUUCUUUUCAUAAAAACUACCGAUUGUGCGAUACCGAGUUGGCGAUUAAUUUAGUAGUCGAUUACUAAUCGAUUAAUCGAUUAACUGUUGCAACACUAGUGGGUAGCGUGUUGGUCCCCCAUACCGGUGAUCGCGGGUUCGCCGCCCGGCCAGGGCAGUAAAAUCACAAAAACAACAACAAAGAGAGAAACAGGCUUUCUCCAGAAUCGCUUACUGGCCCUUAAAUUUCCCUCUUAUUUUUUCUCUGUUAUACGUUACUUCAUCUGUGCUCUAUCAAGACUUUGUCAACUAUUGAUUCACGACUUGGUAUAUGAAAAAAUUAAAAAUACUAGUUUUCCCGAAUGUAUUUGACUUGCGAACGAAACGUUUCCUAUGUGAAAACAGAGUGUAAAGCCGCUCAACAUGUUGAAGUGUCCGUGCGGAAUAAAAUUGUCUUGGCUGAGAUGUUCGUCCUUCGGCUUUGUGUUGAAUGUGAAAAAAAAAAGAAUUCUUGGCUCGGGCUGCCAUGUGCCUCCUGCUCCUAAAUCUGCAUGACUGUUAAAACAUGUAGAGCGAGCUGAGUGGCGGGGCUGCACCUCCACCCAUAGCCCCAAGACACCCCUCCCCUCCCUGUCUUCCUCCUCCCUCCUCCCUCCUCCUCAACCCAAGUUCCUGUCAUUCACUCGGCGUCGCUGACACUUUUCACACCGAGCGGAGACGCCGUACUGCCGUGCGCUCCAGUGCGUGAAUAGGUUGAGUGUGUGCGCUCGGGGCCGGCGGUGCUCACAGUGGGAUGCUGGCGGCGGCAGCAUGUGGAGGGCAGCUCUAGUCGUGUGCCAGCUCGGGGCACUCGCUCAGUCCCUCUGGGCCCAGGAGGAUGAUGUCCCGGCCGCAGCCGUCACCCCUCAGGACUGCAACCUGGACUGCAUCCGCCAGGGAGGAGCAGGAUGUGAAUACUGCCGAAUAACCAGGAGUGAUAUCAAGCAGGCGCUGGGUUUUAACUCCAUCCAAGCGUUCGGAAGUUGUAUCCCGUGGCCAUGUUUCGAGCUACUUGGAGAAGAAGACCCGCAAAUCUGUCGGCACUACGUCCAAGCGCCAAACGACGUGAAGGUCGAAUCUGUACACGAGCCCAAGCCCUCGUCCGACACUAUUGUUGUCUCCUGGAAGCCCAGCUACUAUGGAAUCGCCUUCCUGCGAGGAUUUCAGGUGUCCCUCCAGGCGCUGGGCGGGUCUACCAUCGCCUGUCAGCUCUUUCUCUUCCACCGUAACCUCUCGCUUCCGGCUACACAUGCUCAAAGGGUGUACAAGUCGGACCCUUUCCCCGGCCUUUCCCUUGGGACCCAGUAUGCCGUUACCGUCAUGGCUCUGCCGGUGCCUGAGGAAUGGGAGAGGUUCUACCACAGCCAGACCUUCUCCACACGCUCAUGUGCAGAGAAGAACGGCCUUGAGCGGUGCAAAAAGGACUGGUACCCAGAACACGUUGAGGUCCAGCAGGAGGGGGCUGCCAUCAAUGUGACCUUUAACCUGGCCCCCCCAAACCUGGGCAUCAGAAGCUACUUCUCCCUUUGCUACGCUAACGGAAUGAAGAAAUACACAGACAUCACGCCCAAGUCCUCCGAAAACAGAACCCACCACACCUAUCAGCUGGAUGGCCUUCAAGAAGGAACCAAUUACACAUGUGAGAUUGCAGCUAACGAAGUGGAUGCAGUGAGGAAAUCUUUCAAUGUCCGGGUCCUGCGCAUCCAGAAAGAAGAUGCCACGACGCGCCAUGUCACUCCCCCCCGGGUCUUGAUUCUUCCACUGUGCCUGGCUGUGGCAGCCAUACUUGUGGUCCUACUGGCUGCGCUCGUCAGGGGAAGGCCUAGGCUGCAGAUGAAGAGCGUUCACGUGAGACCAGAUAAUAUCAGACAACAUCAAGAGAUCGCGAGUCAGGAGGAAAUGGUAUCCUUACCCAGAAGCAGGCUUACCCCUCCUCGUCUUCUGAUUUGCUACAGCAGCUUUGAUGGCCCCGCUCACGUCAAAGCUGUCAUGCAGUUAGGGGCCUUCAUACAGCAGCACAUGGCCACUCAGGUGUGCCUGGACCUGUGGGACUCUCUGGGCGUGGCCGAGGAGGGCAGCAUGGGCUGGCACUGCCGGCAGAUCCGGGAGAGCGACUUCGUCUUGGUGAUCUGUUCCCGGGGCCUGAACCACAGACACGAGCCUCCAGAGCCAGAAGGCGAUGAUGAAGGUGAGGAGGCAGACAAGGGGCUGAACUUUGGGCCCCACGCCUUCAGCUCCCACGCAGCCGCCCGACUCGUUGGAGAGGAGGUGGGCCGGGCAAAAGCCAGGGGCCGGGACCUGUCCAAAUACAUGGCAGCCAUUUUUGAGUACUCUGAGGAAACGGACAUCCCCACUGAGCUGAGGCUGGCAUCUCACUACGCCCUGACGAGCGACUUGCCGCUGCUCUUCUCCCACCUCCAUGGAGUGGCUCUGCACAGGCCCGGGGGUUACCUGAAGAUAAACAACAUCUCAGAGGAAGGCUAUGCCAAGUUGCCGGCUGGAGCGGCUCUGCAGUGGGCUAUCUAUGAGGCAGGAAUGGCAAUGAGAGCCAAAAGACCUCAGACUGUAUAAGAGGGGGAAUAAUAUGUUCUCAGCCCAGGUUGGCCAGAAGAUAGAAGUUCAUUGUGGCCAAAAACAUGCUGAUUUUUGUAUAUGGGCAGGCAGGAGAAGUUGGGUGCUUACAGCAGGAGGGUGGGUAGCAUGGUGCGUUCACAUCGGACGCUUGGCUCGCACAAGUUUGGUCGCUGAAACAUUUGCGCUCGUUUGCGUCAUUCGCGCGAAUAUUUGCCCGUUCUUCUUUCACAUUGUCCGACAAACGCACCAUUAGACCCACAGUCCCUGCUGAUGUGCCCUCAAGCAGUCAACCCACCAACCACCUGUGCCUCAGCUGUACUACAGUAGCAGCAGCCGUGCACUUUGACCUCUUAAAUGUGUUAAGAGUGUUCCUCUGUGUUCCUCCAUGUAGAGGAAGGAUUUGUAAGAAGAAUGUACCGUAAUCUGUGUGAUGGUCAUUAGAUCUAAGUGUGUUUGACAUCUUCUGUACAUUUCUGUGACUUUUUCCUUCUCAUUUUGUGUCAAUUAAAGAGUCACAGUGAAAUGAAGGGAUGUAGUAUCAGCACUACACAUAAAAAUCACAUUUGUCUCAUAAAUGAGUCAUUGAAGUUAUUCCGUACGUUGAAGAGUAUAUUGAACAUGUAGCGUUUAUGCUUAUAUUUUAUUUAUACAUGUGCUUAUAUAAGAAUGGAUUAAUUUGAUCUAUCAUUUUAAUUGUAUUUUGUAUUGUAUUUGUUUUAUUGUAUUGCAUUUUUUGUUGUAUUUUAUGUUGUAUUUGUGUUAAAUAUAAUUGUUACUCAGUGCAUGUAAUCAUCCGACAAAGUAAAGUUAAAACUGCUUUUCUAAUGAUGAGUGUUCAUGACAUUUUUUUUAGGGAACAAUGACAAUACUCAGCAUAACAUGCACAACAAAGUCACAAGUAGUGGCUCUGCUAGCGGACUCGUCAUGUUUUUGGCACCAGUUUGCAUUGGUUAGGUCAACGUCAGCAGUUGGCACACGCCUGGAAGGAGUUAGCCAAUCAUAGUCAGUUAAAAAAGGGUCAUGAUUUUUGCUUACUUAAGCAAGUAACUUCAGUGGUAUAUGCACAGAUCGGAAAUGUGUGUCUGUCUCUUACACUCUUUGAAAUCUCAAUGUUGAAAAAUGUUCCUGCACAAAACAUUUUCACACAUUCACACAAAAGUUGACGAACAACUUCAACAUCAUUUCACAACCUCAAAUGAAAAAAGUGACCCUUAUUAGAUUUCAUAUAAUCUGACAACGAUAGCAAUAUUGAAUACAACUGGCCAAAAAAUGACGAAACUGAAACAACUUCAGGAAUACGUUAAUAAUGUUAUAUGUUGCUUAGCUAGAAUCAGUCUUUGUUUCCUUCCUUGUGUUUCCCUGUGUGUGUGUUUGUGUGUGUGUAUUUGUUAGUUGCUGCCACCAAAUGGAACUCGUGAACAACUUGUGGUUACAUCGUGCUUGGCAAUCAAGUAGUAAAGUCGCGAAAAUACAGUUGCUAGGCAACAGCAACAUGUCUGCCGCCUGAGGGUGAUAAUAUAUUGUAGGGAAUACAAAGGCAAAGAAAAAGAUGAGGCGGUUCUUAAUAUCAAUAUUUGCUCCGACCUAAUAUUAAAUCACAAAGACAAAACUCAUGACUAAAAUUUAAUUUCAUUAGCUUUUCUUACAACUCAAACUUCUGUGGCCACCGUCAUCUCUGAAAACCUGGGCAAAAUUGUUGCUCAUUAGUUCCUGAGAGGGGAAGAGCUUGACAUUGUAAAUGAGUUCAAGUGGUCACAUUGGACCUUAACCUUUGGAUGUAAAUGUUCGAACAAAGUAAAAUUUAACAAUUUAUUUUUCACAGCAAAAGCUGCCAGGAUGUUCUUGCACUCCAUGAUUCUUUUUCACAUAUAUUCACAACUGCUUCGUUAACUGGUCACUAACAGGUAUAACAAUAAGCAAUGCACCAGACAAACAAUUGGAUUUUGAAAACUUCAUACAUUUUAAGUAUGCUUAUUUCAUGUGUAAGAUUCUGCGUGGACUUGCUCCACGUCCUUGAUUAUUAUUUCAAUUAAAAAACUGACACUGGCAACAGCACUAGGGCCACUACUGUAAGAGACUGUAUGGUGCCAUUUAGCUGCACCACAUUUGGACUAACUGUGCUGUCAGAAAAGGGAAGUAAUGUUUGAUUGGCCUACGGCUUACAAUGAGGGAAACCUACAUACACAGGCAUAGCAAUGGGGACUGAGACUGCUCAUGUAUAAGGCCCAGAAAUUGGUGCUCAUGGCAAACCAGAAGUGUAACCACUUUUAAUUGGGUUUGAGAGAUAUGUGUUUUGUCAUAUACGACUUGUGUAUUUGUAUACUAGUGUCUGUAAUUGUUCGCCUGUAUUGUCUCACAUUUUUUUAAACAUGCUUAUAGGAACAACAUAUAUAAAUUAGGGUUUUUGCUAACUCUGGCAUACUGUACUUAUAAACAUUAAUGUGCUUUCAUUGUCCCUAUCAAAUAAACCCCCAAAAAAGCUUAA